AAUAAUAAACAAAUACAUUAUUAUAUGUAAUAUAUAACAAUUAUAAUAACUUAUAAUAUCUAGGACAUUUACAAAUUUAAUUUCUAAAUCUAUCGAAAUCUAUCAAAUUUUGUUUUCUUUUAAUACAAACUGCGGCGAACUUUCAUUCAAGUACAAAACGCAACUCAAAUCUAAGAUGUAGCGUGUCGUCAAGCACGCGUUAUGCCAAAUUAUGUGCUCAAAGACCGAUGACCAUUCAUUUGGAGACUCUUGUAUCAUAACCACGCGAUCGUUUUUUUUUUUUUCGUGAAAGGGGCGAAAGAGAGAGUGCGAGUCAGCGUGGAUGCGUGACCGCGCGAUCACAUUGUACGAGAAGACAGGACAAGACUAUUAAGCCUAUUGGCAAACGACGCGCCGUGUGGAUCGCGUCGUACCAUGAGACUAAAAAAAUCGAUAUCAUAAUUAUGUGUCGUUUGAUAUAAACGAGUAACGAGUAAAUAGUAUGUAUCAUCGUUUUAUACACAACCUAAUUAAAUAUCUCUACGUACACUAUGUACAUUCCUAGUAUACACGCUCUUCACUGUCAUACACGUUGCAUUACACGCGCAUAAAGGAGAAGAAAACGCAUGGACCUAUUAUAUACAUAUAUAAAUAUACAUAUAAAUAUAUAUAUUUAUAAUAAUUAUUAUAGCUAUUCCAAAAACGGACCACCACGACAUCGACGUUUACGGUUGAUCAUUAAAUUAAUGCAAGAAAAAUUCAUCGACGACACUCACGCGCGUAUUAAUCGCCAUCAUUAUCAUCAUCAUCAUCAUCAUCAUCAUUAUCAUUAUCAUUAUCAUCAGCCUCAUCAUCGGUGAUAACGUCACAUCAAAGCAUUCGCGUAUUUCGCGUUGGACAACAUGCCCGGUUACGGAGUGUCUCAUGUAUAACACGUACGAACAGUCAAACCUGUCGACCUGCCUGCAAUGUAAAAAAAAAAGAAAGAAAUAAAUGUUUCUAACAAACACGUGCACACACACUUGAGCGCAAUAGAGAAAGAGAGAGACAGAGAGAUAGAGAGAGAGAACAAAAUAUAUGAAUAUAGUUUUACAAAAGGGCUUCGCCGUGGCCGCCUCCUUUAGUUUUAUACUUGAGACACGGAAAAAGGCUGAAGAGCGAAUCAGCCGACGAUACUUCGAACAACCUUGAUCCUAUGUAAAGUUACAUUCUUUCACCGAUGAACGCGAUCAUUGUAUACAUACAUACGUACGUACGUACAGGUACGUACAUGGGACACAUGAGUCGCGCACUCACAUACAAACACACACAUACACACAUUCGCAGAGACGAAUAACAUAACACGCGUUUUCUCGAACUCAUUUAUCUCUCAAGACUUUGUACCAAUUCUCUCUUCACACUUAGUCCGACAUUUCGAAACUGGAGAGCGUGAUAGCGGAUACACACGAGAGAGUGAGCACCGAUGUCGCGCUCCUAAAACGUGAAAUGUCAGUCUCUUAGCCAAAGCUAGAAUUUGCGUUUUUUUUUAAUCUCUUAGUAUCUUCUCUUCCCUAUCCCUCCCGUCCACCCUUAUUCCUCCCUUGUUCCCCCGUCCUCCCACACGACGUAUAUAUUUGACACGUUAUCAUGAUUGCUAUUAAUUUUAAUUAUAAUUUCUCUGAGGAUAGAUAGAGAGAUAUAUAUACCUUUAAUAAACGUGUAAUUUUAGGCUUAGAAGAACAAUAUACCUAGUGGAUAGAGAAUGAAGUAUACAUACAUAAAAGUGAAGUAUAUAUAUAUACAUAUAUAUAUACACAUAUAUAUAUUUAUAUUUAUAUAUAUAUACAUAUUGAUAAAGUAAUUAUUGAGGUCGCAAAUUUAUAGAAGUUGGGGUCGAGCGCAUACAAUGCCGUAAGAACGACAACCGGUAUAUUUACCGUUUAAGAAUUAUUAAGGCUCGGGUAUAGACGGCGAAAUAUACACACGUACAUACACAUAUAGGCAGCUCCGAUUGGCUCUGACCGCCAAGUCCGGGGGCUGCGCUCUUCGCGGAGAAUAUUCAUUGAUUGAACAAAAGAUGAAGAUCAGUAAGUGUAAAUGUUUGUAAACAAAUUAUGAAAUUAUUUGUUCAGUGCCUACAUAUUUACACAGUAAUAAUAAAGAUGAAGAUUAGUGAAAUUACCAGAUUUCUUUUCUUGGAUCCCCGCCUCGCCAAUUUUCAACACGACUUACCUAGAAAGAAAAGAAAUAUCGUAUUAGUAAGUGGCAAUGUUUUAAAUAAAUAACAAUAAAGUAUUUAAAGACAAUAAUUUAUUGAUAUAGAGGUAUGUAUAUUUAAAAAUUUUUUUAACGCUUUUUGUGGAAUCUUUUUAUAAAAAUUGAAACUUAAAGUAAUAGAAAAUCCUUAUCAGACUUUGAUAAAAUUUAUAAUUUUUAUAUAAGCUUUUAAAACUCUUUAUAAACUCUACACCAGACUUCUAAAUUAAAUAUAAAUAUUUUUUAAAAUUAAAAUGUAUAAUUAUAAUUAUUUCAUAAAAAUAAAAUGUAUGUGUGUGUGAAUCGUCAGAUUUUAUAUUUUCUUUAAAUGAGCAUCGUCAAACAAUAUUAUUUAAUGUGUACUAACAUUAUUUUAAAAAUAUUAGCAGUUUCGUUUUAAAGUGAUCUUUGUAUGCUGUCAUAAUUUUUUAUUAGACGAGGGAGAUAAGAAAAAAAAGAUUCAAUUAAAACGAAAAUUCAUAAUUAAAGUCUGUUUUCUAUUCUUUUUCUCUUGUUUCCUAUUCCUCUACCCGCGUGAUAAGAAUGCACCAAAUAAAGUACUAGUCUACGAAAAUGCUAAAAAUCUUAAAUAAAAUCCAUAAUAUAACGCUAGCUAGAAAUUUUCUUUUCUCCUUUCGAUGUCAAAGUGCAAAAACCACAGUGUGCCCCUUAAAUGACUAUCCGCACAAUCGAUCUUGUUACGUAAAUAGAGAACGGUUGGUUUCUUUACACGUCGAUGAUCAUUACGGCAGACUAAUAAAUGAUAAAAUAGAUGGUACGCUGAAAGGUUUACGUUCAAACUAUUUUCGAAUUAACCCUUUUGUGCAAACCUAGGAUGUACGACACCCCCUCCCCAAAAAGCCUGGACUCAAUAAUAAUUUCCUCGAUCAUUAAUUUUUUAAUAAUUUCUUUGACUAUGUUAAAAUUAAAAUUCUUUGAAAACCUUUAAAUUAUCUUUUAAAAGUUUCAACAAAUACUCAGACAUUUUUUCGACUCCUAAUACGUCACAGUUUAAACGUAAUUAUGCGCAACGCAAAAGUAUGCUGGGGUGCCUCGCACCCCAUAGUGCAUCAACUUAAUUUUCAUAAAGUAUUGUACCCGAGGGUUAAAGGCGCGGAUAGGAUUAUUCGUCAUAGUACGUCGUUCGUGUUUCAUCGAACGCAUUUGCGUCGAAUAUCGAUCGAUGACGCGCCAAACCGGUUUCAACUUACCCUUUUUAAGAGGGGGAGGGCGAAAAAGGGACGUGCGACUUGUCGCAUCUUUUCCGGGAAACAUGCCGAAACGUAUCUCGUCGUCAAAGUCACCAAGGUCAUUGCGUAAACACGGCGACCGAAUGCCGGGCGGCUUUGUUUGAACUGGCGCGAUGCGCGGUGCCGCUUUGUCUGCCCCCCUUUUUUUUUUUGCAUGCGCCGCGAAAACGGCGAAAGACUUUUCCACAAAUGUCGCCGUCUGGCACGAGGGAGAGGAGAGGAGGAGGAGUCCAUCCCCUCUACGACACGUAAGAACCAAGAAGCAGAGAAUCUUUCUCGCCGACCAAUCACCUCACAAUCUUACGUUGUCUCAAGGCAGUGACGAACGGUAUCGGUUUCGGUCUCGUCAGUCUGACAGCAGUGCUCGAGGGCGACGUAUGACGACGUGGUGAUUGUGUUGCUCGCAGACGGAUCGUCAAAAAUUCGUUGCGGAUCAUCGUCGGUAAAAUGUGUGGCAUGUUGCCGAGGUUCCACUUGGAAAACGCUCUGUUUCCCCUCAACCCCAGCCUGAACGAUGAGAUCCAGCGGCUGUUCGAUCUCACCAUCAUCGCGAAGCAUCUGCCGACAGUUGAAGAGGUGAUGGAAGAGUUUCGACGCAACGGUCGAGAUUUCGAAUAUUGCCCAGACGUGGACACAGAGAUGUCAAAACAACCUGCAUCCCGACGGAAAAAAAACAAAAAGCCGUUGCCGACCGAAUGCGUGUUUUGCAGGAAUAACGGGGAAGAGGAAUCGUACUAUCGGCAGCACGUGCUGAAAUACGUCGACGGACGCGUUCAGUGCCCCGUUCUCAGGGCUUAUGUAUGCCCGAUUUGUGGUACAACUGGCGAUGACGCACACACAGUCAAGUAUUGUCCGAAGGGCCCGUAUAACCCUAAUAGCAUAAGCACAGCAAACGCCUUUAAACUCUUAAGGAACUCCACGGGCAAACGUCGUAGCAAGAAGGAGUAAGAAGUAAGCUGCCUUUCGAGCGCAUGUCGAUAUCAACUACUGACAGAGAUUAUCCUAGUCCAAGUGCCAACAAAUUAGACAAUCUAGUUCCCUAGGUUAUAGUGUACAAUGUACUUUAUGUGUACAAUUACGUUUGUAAACGUGAAUAUUGACACCGAUGUGAUCUCACACGCUUACAAAUAUAUUGUAAUACCAAAAAAGGUUUUAUAUAGAGAUCGAAAUUUUGACUUUAUAAGUUUCGCUGGCUUCUCUCGUAUUGUUUUAUUAUCUUUAUAUCUUUAUUAGCUUUAUUAUCUUUAACAUAACUAUAUCCGUGAUAUAUUCUACCUCUCGCAUUCUUUCUAUCUAUAAUCUAAAAAAAUAAAAUAAACAUGCGUUCUGAAAAUUAAUAAUUUCAAUAACAAUUUGUCAAGUAUGCAAUCAUAACAUAAGUCACAUAAUUGUCGCAGUGUUCAGCGGAACAUUUUGUUAUUGAAAUUAUUAAUUUUUUAAAGAGAUAUAUAUAUAUUGUUACUCUUCAUGAAAGUCAUAACACGUGCCUUAACAAAUCAGUUUUUAUAUUUUAUAAUAUAUGUAUAAAAAAAGAGGUAGCUUAUAAUACAUAUAAGUAUAAGAGAGUUAUACCAAUAUAGAAGGGAUGGCCAUGCGUAGAUUAUUUAGAUUCCGUACACUUUUGCAAGAGAUUUGAAAUCUGUAUAUGAAACAUAGGACUCUCUGCCGAUAUUAGCACUUCGAUUGAAACAUGAAAGUGAUUGUUUGAUUUUAAUGUUCUUUUUCGAGCGGUGAUAUUAAUUUGAAUACCUUGUAGCGUUACAAGAUAUAUAUAAAUUUUAUGUGUGUAUGAGUUAUCGACUUUAUGUUAAUGUUUUGUUUGUAAAAAUGUAUCCCUUGCGUGAAUACUUUUGCUUCUUCACCAUAGGUCCUUAACCCAAUCGUGAUUAAUAUUUUAUCUAUUCCAUUCACCUCCCUCUUCUCUCUCUACCCCGUACAUCCAUUGAUAUCAAGAUUAUCUAUUCUCAAUUUUGAACAUCGUACAUGCUAUUAUUGCCAUAUUUGAAAGAAACGCGGAAAAAAAGAAAAAACUGUCUUCCAUGAACUGUCAAAUCGAAACGAAUAAGUCAACAUAUCUUGUCUAAUGUUCCUUUUGAAUAUGACAAUAAUAACGUACGAUGUAGAGAAUUGAGAAUUAGAUCAUUUCUAUACAUUUUUAUAAGAAGGGAGUAGGUGAGUGGAAUAAAUAAAAUGUUUUAUUUAUUCCACCCCUCUUCCUUUUACCCCGUUCAUCUAUUGAUAUAAAAACGAUCUAUUAUCAAUUCUGUACAUCGUACGCUCUAUUAUUGCCAUCUUCAAAAGGAACAUUAGACACAAGAUGUUAGUUUCAACACGAUAUUGUCAAGGUCGUCGAAAAAAAAAAAUGUUCUGCGAAAACUGCUUUCUCGUGUUUAUAUAUUAACUUGACUUAUCCUUUUUGAUUUGACAGUUCGUGGAAGACACUGGUUUCUUUUUUCCGUAUUCCUUUCGAAUCUGACAAUAAUAGCGCGUACAAUGUACAGAAUUGAGAAUAAAUUGUUUUUAUAAUGGAUGUACGAGAUAAAGAGAAACAAGGGAGUCAAUGGAAUAGAUAAAAUAUUAAAUACAAUUUAUUAUGGAUCAGAACUUAUGGUGAUUGAUAGCAUAAAAUAAAUAAAUAUACGUAUAAAUAUUGAAUAAGUAUGUGUACAAAAAUUAGCUUUAUAUUAAAUGUUAAUUAUUAAUUCACAGUAAUUCACGUGAGAUUUUUUAAAAUCUUUAAAAAUAUUAAAGUAGGCCAUUGCCGAAAGAAUUAUGAAAUCAUUUUAUGUGUGUAUUAUACACAUCGCAAGUCACGCAAUGUUUAACGACUUAUUUUCUAUCUAUUUAUAAGGAUCCACAAAGUAUUAUAAAAAUUUCUGAUAAGCUUUAUUGUGUAUAACGUGUUACUAUGAAUAAAACUUAAUAAAAAAAAAACAAUAGAAAGACGCACAUUUUAUUCAAAGUGCAUAUAUCUCUGAAUCAAAUUAAGCAUAAUACAAUUUUUGUACAAAUAUACGUUUAAAUAUAUAUUAAUAUGCAAAAAUAAUAAUUGGUACGAUGUUUAGCGAGAUGAUUAUUAUAACAACAGCGGUUGUUUUGCAAAGGUAACGAUAUGUAUAAGAAUAUAAUCUUAAAAUACAAACGACUACGAACAGAAAGGGCGUGUCCAGAAUGCAAAAGAUUAAUUCCGAAUAGGCGGAGAUUUAAUACAACACAAUAGGGGAAAAAAGAGGGAUACAUGGAGAAUAAAAAUCCAAAAGGUUUUAUCGCGCGGACACGCGCCGUUUUAAAUAAGUACAACAAAAAUUUUCUUGGGUUCUGCAUAAGAUUUAAUCUGCAGAUUCCAACAUUCAUAAGCGGGAAUGCAUAAUCGGGUGAACCUCGAUUAACAUCAAAGGUGAUAAUUGUGGCAAAAUAAAUAUUUAUACAAUUCUGUAAAACGUGCAACUGGACAUGCUAAAUUUUACCUGUUCGAAUUGAAUUAUGUUAACACAAGGAUUUGAGAAAAAUAAGACUAUUUCAAUUCACAAAGGCUCGUAUUCAGAAUGCGUUCAUAAAGAUAACUUAAUCGCUACUGCACGGAUUAUUGUAAUGUCAUCUCGUGUCUUACUAUGAAUCAGUCUAGUAUAUUAUGACGACACAAUGUAGCAACUGCGUAAUUCUAAACUUUGGUUGUGUAUUUGGUUAAAGUAGAGAUGCGCAUCUUACGAAAGUAUGUGCUUAUUUACACUAUUAAACAAUAGACCUCGUAAUACAUGUAAUAAGAAUAUGUUUUAGGAACAUAGCACGCUCUUAUAAGUCUUCAUUUAGUAGAAACGCAAUAUAUGUAUAUAAUAUAUAUGUAUAAAAGGAUAAUUUUCAUCACUUUAUUG